AUCAAGCAUCUGAAAGCACACAACUUCGUGUGACAAGGGUGUUUUUUCUUUCAUUAUUAUCUCGCAGAUUUAACAGAUUCAUUGGGAGAGGCAUGUUACAAACCUGGAGCUCUACGGUGGACUACCGAGAGUUAGCACCAAGAUUAGGACAAGAAGGCUGAAAUUAGCAGGUCACUGUCUCAGACAUACUGAGCUGGCAGUGAGCAGGCUGGUGCUAUGGGCCCCCUACUCAGGGAAGCUGUUCCCGAGGCAGAGCACAGUCCACCUUUGUGGACACCUUGUGUCGGGGCUCUGCCCCUGGCCUACGACGGGAAGAGCUGCGUACAGCGAUGGAGGACCAGGUUGGAGGGCCAUCAUCCGAUACUCCGUAUCGACUGAAUGGAAAUGAAUUAUCUCGCAACUUCGAUGACCGAUUGAACUCAAAUUUCCACAGAUCUUGAAUUAGCGCCAUACUAAAAGACAUUAAGGAUGUUGCGCGCAAAGCCCGUCAACCUCGUCCGGCGGCUUCUGCAGGGACCCUCAUCGCAUCACACCAAGCAAUGGCGUCACUUCAGUGUGCAGGAUCAAGAUGCUCCAGUCAUGGCAAUACGCAGAGAGGAUUAUGGGUCUCAGUGGGAGCGUAGAGCACCUCUUAAUCCUCUGCAGGUCAAGUCAUUCGUUGAUAGCGGAGUAAAGGUCCUUGUGCAGCCAUCCAACCGAAGAGCGUACACAAUGGAGGAUUACUUGAAGGCAGGAGCAGUCAUCCAAGAGGACCUGAUGGAAGCCUCCCUAAUCCUUGGUGUCAAGCAGGUGCCAAUACAGCGUCUUCUAGCUAAUAAGACCUACUGUUUCUUCUCACACACCAUCAAAGCACAGAGCGAGAACAUGCCCCUCUUAGAUGCCAUUCUAGAUAAGAAUAUUCGGCUGAUUGAUUAUGAGAAGAUUGUGGAUGAGAAUGGUAAGAGGCUCGUAGCUUUUGGGAAAUUCGCCGGCAUUGCUGGUAUGCUGAACAUCCUUCAUGGAAUCGGUCUUAGACUGUUGGCAUUGGGGCAUCAUACACCAUUCAUUCAUAUAGCAGCAGCACACAAUUACCGUAACACUGGUAUGGCCAUGCAAGCAGUUAGAGACGCAGGUUACCGUAUAGCACUCGGAGAGCUUCCCCAGUCCAUUGGACCCAUGUCAUUUGUCUUCAUGGGAUCAGGAAAUGUCUCCCAGGGAGCCCAAGAAGUGAUCGCCGACCUUCCAGUGGAAUACGUUGAGCCUCAUGACUUGAGAAAAGCAGUGGAGAAGGGAGACCACAGGAAGGUUUACGCCACUGAAGUUCACCGCAAAGACCACAUCGUAAAGAGAGGGGGACGAGGUUUCAAUCGUGAGGAGUAUGACCAGCAUCCUGAGCUUUACAGAUCCACUUUCAGUGAAAAAAUUGCACCUUGGGCAUCCUGCAUCAUCAAUGGCAUCUUCUGGAACAUUGCUCACCCUCGUUUCCUUACCAAAAUGGACACCAAGACCCUGUUGAGUCCCGACAUGAGCCCCAAUGCCCCUGAAGCUCCAGGAUGUCCACGCCUUCCUCAUCGCCUCCUAGCCAUCUGUGACAUCACUGCCGACCCCGGCGGUUCCAUUGAGUUCAUUGAGGAGUGUAGCAGCAUUGAGAGUCCGUUUGACUUGUACGACGCUAACCACAAACACCAGCACUUCAUGAGCCAAAGGUUUUCCGGUGAUGGUGUUCUUGUGUGUUCCAUUGACAAUAUGCCAGCCCAGCUACCUAGAGAGGCCACAGACUUCUUUGGGAAUCUACUAACGCCACUAGUACCUGAGAUGCUGAAAUCUGAUGCUACAAGGCCCUUUGAAGAAGAAAACCUUUCACGAGUUAUUAAAGAUGCUGUAAUUACAUCCAAUGGUAAACUGACGGAAAAUUUCCAGUACUUAACAGACCUACGUGAAGCCACUAUGCCAGAGAAGCAAGCCUCGUUCUAUCGACAUCAAGCGUUCCCAGGGGCCUCUUUCGGUGGCGGUAAACAGAAAGUCUUGAUGUUUGGAUCGGGUUAUAUGGCUGAACCCAUUGUAGAGUACUUAGCAAGGAGUGACGACAUUGCAAUAACUGUUGCUUCUGCUGAGAAGCCAGAGGCAGACGCCUUGGCAACUAAAUACAACAACACCAGCCCUAUGUACCUCAAUGUCGCCAAACAUGAAGAUAAAAUGAGCAAGGCCAUCCAAGAACAUGAUAUGGUUAUCAGUAUGCUGCCCUUUUCCUUCCAUCCCAGAGUUGCAAAACUGUGUGUGGAAAACAAAAAGAACAUGGUAACUGCCAGCUACGCUUGCCCUGAAAUAAGAGCACUACAGCAAGGUGCCCUGAAUGCUGGAGUCACCAUUAUGAAUGAGUGUGGAUUGGAUCCUGGCAUCGAUCACAUGCUUGCAAUGGAAGCAUUCCACAGGAUCAAGGAGGAAGGCGGAAAGAUUCGAUUCUUUGAUUCCUGGUGUGGAGGCCUUCCAGCUCCUGAACACUCCGAGAACCCCCUCCGUUACAAAUUCAACUGGAGCGCUGUAGCAUCCCUUGGUGCAGUCACACGUGACGCCAAGUACCUGAAACAUGGUGAAGAGAUCUAUAUCCCACCAGGCAUGCUCAUGGACCACUCCAACGUCCAGGAGAUCAACUUCUUACCAGGGUUCAACCUAGAGGGUUACUUCAAUCGAGACUCGACCCAGUAUGUCUUUGCUUACGGAAUCCCAACGGCACACACGGUCCAGAGAGGAACUCUUAGAUACAAGGGAUUCUGCAAGACUGUCACCACAUUCCCCAUGCUAGGUCUGAUGGAUACAGAACCUCAUCCAGCACUAGCAGAAGGAACACCGGACAUCACAUGGCAUGAGCUGAUGUGUAAACUUCUCGGACACGACACACAGACGACAUCCAGCAGACUUGAGAGGAUUGUGUUUGAUAAAAUUGGCCAGGAUGAGGAAAGACUUGAUGCCAUCUUAAAGCUAGGUUUGCUGUCUGAAACAAUAGUCAACAAGCAAGGCUCCAUAUUUGAAACUCUCUCAGCAUAUCUUAGUCAUACACAGAGUUACGAGAAUGGAGAGCGUGAUCUUGUGAUCAUGAAGCAUCGUAUCGGCGUGGAGUGGCCGGACAAGAUCACCAGCACUGAGGAGAUUAGUAUGACGGUGUAUGGUGACGCUUACGGACACUCAGCCAUGGCCAAGAUGGUCGGAUACCCAGCAGCCAUCGCGGCCAAGAUGAUUAUGGACGGUGAGAUCGUGCAAAAGGGUGUGGUCCUUCCGUUCUCCAAGGACAUCUAUCACCUCAUCUUGAACCGACUCAAGGCAGAGGACAUCCGAGCUGCAGUACGCACAGUGUUCCACUAAGCGACGUCCUACCAAUAUCAGCCAUUAUGAGCUAGUGUCAACUGGUAAUUUAACGAUCUCAAAACCAAGGAUAUCUGAACGUCACUAGGCACAGUGUACCACUAAUCGAAUUGGCUGUAACAUCAGCCAUUAUGAGCUGGCGUCAACUGGUAAUUUAACGAUCUGAAAACCAAGGAAAUCUGAGCUGCAGUACGUACAGUUACCAAAGCGACUUGCUACUCACACCCGUCAUCAUCAGCUGCGGCGUCAACUGGUAGUUUAUCAAUCUCAAGAGCUAGGACAUCCGAGCUGCAGUAGGCAAAGUUUACCACUAAGCGACUUGCUACUAACAUCAGCAAUCAUGGACUGGCGUCAAUCGGUAAUUUAUCAAUCUCAAACAAAGCAAUUCUGAGCUGCAGUAGGCACAGUGUACAACUAAGCCAUUAUGAGAUGGCGUCAACUGGUAAUUUAUCAAUCUGAAAACCAAGGACAUCUGAGCUUCAAUACAAUGCAAACAAGUCGCACAGUGUACCAUGUUGCGACUUGUUUGCAUUGCUCAUCAUGCAAUGGUGUCAGCUGUGAACAGUGUGUACAAGUUAAGGGGGGAGGGCCUCCCAGAAGCAUUAUCCAUUAACUAUUGAAACAAUAAACAAGCGGUUGUUAUUAAAUUAUCACAAUAUUAAUAUAAAGAUUAUCACCGUUCCAAAACUGAAAUUUCCUUCUUCCUAAAGUGGUAUUCUGAUUAUCUUGGGUUUCAGUUCUGUCCCCAUGGAUACUAAUUGGUUUAUGAAUAGUUGCUUUGUAUUAUAUUUUUCAUAUAUCCGUCACUCAGUGAUGCUUAAGGCGCUUCAACAUUCAGUAUUUUCCUGCAAAAUAUAUUUCACAGAUGUUAUUUUUUAUCAGGCGUUUAGUAUCCAUACUCUGAUCAUGUACAUAAAAACCUGUUUUUAGAUUAACUAUAAGCAUGCAGUAGGUGUGAAAAGGUAUUUUUAUGACCUCACAGAAUUUCUUUUUUUCUAGCACAAAUUUGUUCAUCUGAAAUUAUUUUGUUUUCAUUUUGACUUAAAAACCAUCGUUUUCAUUUUGUAUUUGUUGUCAGGGUCAGAGUAAGCAUUAGAGUAGUUGUUUAUUCUCUGAAUUUUUACUACACAAUUGUUUUAUUAGAAUGUAGACUAAAGCCAUGUCCAAAUUAGCGGCUACAGCAACGGCUAUGGCUGGAUCAAUGCAUCAUCAUGCGAUGAAGUAUGGGAUGUCCAUAGCAACACCCCUUAGCAACAGUUGAAGCCGUAGUUGUAGCCGUCAACUCCGAUACGGCCCAAGUAAGAUUUGAUUAAUUCUUGGAAACUUUAAACCACCCUCCUAUACUUUCUGACCAGUCAAUAAUAUCCACAGGGUUUUUAAAGAGAAGGUACACGUUUGGUAAUCAAUAAUAAAAUGAAUUAACAUUAUAUCUGUUCAGAAAUACUUUCGUUAUAUGAUGAGCACAUGAAAGUCAGUUUUGUCAGAGAGUGUCUGGUUUCAGCAUUAAGCGCCACAUAGCGGGCAUGUUUUUUUCCUGGGGAUGGUACCAAAGAUAAGGCAGGACCUUUCUCGGGUUAUCUUUGCUACCUUUUCAAAACACUAACUGGAUUUCUGAGGUACUUGCUUAGAAAAUGUGAUGUGUUAGGAUUUAUGAUUGAGUGUUCAUUAUUUCAGCAGCAUUCACAGUUGACACUGGUCCUCUGGCCAAAUGCUUAUUUAAUAUGAAAUAUGACCUAUAGUUGAAUAAGCUGGUAGAUUAGAAAAAUAAGGUACCUGCCGUCGAUUUCACCAAACUCUUCCUAAGUUAGGAUUAAUCUGUAGGUAGGACGAGUUAAGUUUUGGAUCCUUAGACGUUAGGACAAAUUGAACCCAUCCUUAGGAGUAACUCGCCCUAACUCGAGAUACCGUGUGGUAUUAAUCCAAGCGUUUUGUGAAGUCAGCUGCAGGUUCUGCUGACUAGCAACCCCCCAAAAAAGUUAGGGCAAAGCCUAUUCAGUAGGCGUGAAAUGAUAGUGUUUUUUUUUUUUUUUUAGAUUUUAAUUGUUCACAAACUUCAAGAGAAGUGCAAUUUAAUAUUGUACAUGGAUUGUAUUGCUGUAGUCAUGCUAUUACUAGGGACUUUUCGUUUUCGACGACGGAUGGUUCUGCGACGGUUGUUCAGCUAAACGUUGUCGUUUUCAGCACAACGGAGAUUCAUCCUAAGAUGGUCAAAGCCUGAAGUGGUAAUUGUAAUGGUUAUUUUUGAUAAAAUUAAAAGAAAUAUGGCGUUAAAAACAAGUGUACAUUGGUUUUUAUGGGGCAAACUAGUAGGCCCUACACAUUAUUUUUGUGAGAUGCAAGCUUUCUCUUAUUGCCAGAUAAAGGCUAUGACUGAAGAAUUCAGUGGCAAUGUAUGUGGUGUGCAUGAUGAGUGUUAUUGGAAUAAAUCAAAUGAGAAUCAUAAAAUAA